UCUUCUGCUUCUUGUUCCUGGUUUCGCUCGCGACUGUGGAGUACAAUCACCAAUGGCGUUGCUUCAGUACGUGUGCUACGUGCCCUUCGCACGUGCGGUACGGUCUCGUGCCCUAACAAUACCAUCACGCGCCGUCGCUGUCCCUUCUCUGAAGAAGGUCUCGCAAGGGGACUCGCAGGUGCUCCUCGGCAUGUCUGAGCAAGAGCUUCAGCAACUUGCUCUCGAAUUCGGUCAGCAAAGCUAUAGAGGGAAACAACUUCAUCAUCUGUUAUACAAGAGAAAGGUCAAAGAAAUUCAGGAUUUCAGUCAAAUACCUCAGGCAUUCAGGAAUGAUCUUCAGGAAGCCGGAUGGAGAGUUGGGCGGUCUCCCGUUCAUGAGAAGGUCACUGCAGCUGAUGGCACUAUCAAGUUAUUAAUAAAACUGGAGGACAACAGACUGGUUGAAACAGUUGGCAUACCAGUUGAAGAAGAUAAAGGUUCAGGUCGCCUUACUGCAUGUAUAUCAUCACAGGUGGGCUGCCCAUUGCGUUGCUCGUUCUGUGCUACUGGCAAGGGGGGAUUUUCAAGGAACCUUAAAAGGCAUGAAAUUGUUGAGCAGGUGUUGGCAAUAGAGGAUCUUUUCAAGCAUAGGGUCACAAAUGUAGUGUUCAUGGGGAUGGGUGAGCCCAUGUUGAACCUGAAAACAGUUCUUGAAGCUCACCAAUGCUUGAAUAAGGAUGUGCAAAUUGGACAAAGAAUGAUGACAAUUUCUACUGUUGGCGUUCCGAACACAAUAAAAAGACUGGCUUCACACAAACUUCAGUCCACAUUGGCCGUCAGCUUACAUGCUCCAAACCAGAAACUAAGGGAAAAAAUUGUGCCUAGUGCAAAAUCCUACCCCUUGGAUGCAAUUCUGAAGGAUUGCAGGGACUACUUCCUUGAAACCAGUCGACGGGUUUCUUUUGAGUACACACUUUUAGCUGGUGUCAAUGAUCAAGUAGAGCAUGCUAUAGAACUUGCAGAGCUACUCCAUGAGUGGGGCCGUGGUUAUCAUGUGAAUCUGAUACCUUUCAAUCCAAUAGAAGGUUCUGAAUACCGGCGCCCAUAUAAGAAAGCUGUGCUUGCAUUUGCAGCUGCUCUAGAGUCCAAGAAAGUAACUACCAGUGUACGUCAAACACGAGGCCUUGAUGCUAGUGCAGCUUGUGGACAGCUAAGAAAUGAGUUUCAGAAGAGCCCUUUGGUUGCAGGCUUGGAUAAUCUGCAAUCUCAAAUUGACGUCCCUUUGGUUGCAGGCUCUGAUGAUCUGCAACCUCAAAUUGAAGUCCCUUUGGUUGCAGGCUCUGAUGAUAUGCAAUCUCAAGUUGACGUCCCUUUGGUUGCAGGCUCUGAUAAUCUACAAUCUCAAAUUGACGUCCAAGUUGCUUGUUGAUCUUGCAAAAUUUUCUGCACGGGCUUGAUGCCUUUGCUCAACUUGUGUAGGCUUUAUUGUUUCAUCUCCCUUCGUACGUAGUCGUGUUGAUGAGAGUUUAUACCUUGCUGGCGAUGCAUGGGAGACAUAGAUGGUGGAGGAGAGAGGGAAGGUGCUCUUUGGUUACUUGCUUGCGAUGUCGGGUUCUUGAUCUCAUACAGUUUUAACAGGAAAAUCAUCAUUAUAAAUGAUAGUUUUUGUAAAAUUCUUGAGCUUCUAUUUGUAUAUCAAUAGUAGUUGUUUCAUUUGUAAUGAAAGCAGUACUAUCUGAAAUUAUUAGUAAAUUAUGUGGCACUGUCGUGUGAAAAUUGAAGAAUUCCUUUUUGGGCGCUAGAAAUUAUGUACAUGAAACAGGAGAUUUUUGUAAACCAUGAGUUAUACAUGAGCAUCUACUGUUUGUUCAUUGUA